AUGACGAGUCUCAAACGAUCGCUUGAGGCUGACCCUUUUGCCGCCAACAUCUCGAGCAAGGUCUACGUUCGUUCCACCAGAAAGGGAAAGGUACAGAAGAUUGUGAGAGAAGUCUACCUGCGUCAGGACAUCCCUUGCUCGUCGAAGCUGUGCCGGGCCUGCCUGCAAACUGCUCCCCGAGAUGCAGCCAACAACGUUCAACCGUUCGUCCUCUCGGACAAGCCUGCGGGGACAAAGGCGUUUCCCCAAGGACACUACAUCGUCCCUGACACUAACGCGCUCUUGAAUGCCAUGGACCUCUUUGAGCAGAGCUCGGCAUUCUACGACGUAAUCAUACUGCAGACUGUUCUCGAGGAGCUGCGUAACCGUUCGCUGCCAUUGUAUAACCGCCUUGUCGGCUUGACCAAGAGCGAGGACAAGCGUUUCUACGUCUUCUUCAACGACUUCCGCCUGGAGACGUACGUCAACCGCGAAGCUGAAGAGACCGUCAACGACCGCAAUGACCGUGCGGUACGCAAGGCUGUCAAGUGGUACGCUGAUCACCUAACGCAGACCAAGGCCAAGAAGGUUCCUGCCGUGGUAAUGCUUAGCGACGACCAGGAUUGUUUAAGAAAGGCUAAAGCUGAGGGUGUAGCUGCCAUGUCCCUUGCCGAGUACGUCGGCGGUCUUGAGGAUGGUGAGAGGUUACUGGAUAUGGUUGCUGAGUCACGGAACUCUGGGUUCUCUAAGAAGCCGGCCGGGCCUCUGUACCCCGAGUACUACACCAUGUCCAAGAUGAUGACGGGUGUCAAGGCUGGACUGCUGCACCAGGGCAACUUCAACGUUUCUCCUUAUAACUAUCUGGAGGGUUCUAUUCACGUUCCCGCGUUCCCCAAGCCUUUGAUUGUACUUGGAAGAGAAAACAUUAACCGUGCUGUCAACGGAGAUGUCGUUGUUGUCGAGGUUUUGCCAAAAGACCAGUGGAAGGAGCCCUCGACCAAGAUCAUCGAGGAGGAGGCUAUCACGCGCGAUGAGAACGCCGAUGGCGAGGCUGAGGAGGCUCAGGACUUCGUGUCUGAGAAGGAACGCAAGGCUCUCCAGGAGGAAGUAAAAAGGACACAAAGCAAGAGCACCGAGGGUCGGGCGCAACCAACGGCAAAGGUUGUUGGCAUCAUCAAGCGCAACUGGAGACAGUACGUUGGGCAUAUUGACCCCUCGUCUGCUAGCAAGAGUGGCGGCCAGGGCCGUAAGCAGGACAACGUCUUCCUCAUUCCUAUGGACAAGCGCAUUCCCAAGAUCAAGCUGCGUACGAGGCAGGUAACUGAGCUCCUCGGUAAGCGUCUAUUGGUCACGAUCGACGCGUGGGAGCGAGACUCUAGGCACCCCAUUGGCCACUUUGUUCGGUCUCUCGGUGAGCUCGAGACGAAGGCUGCCGAGACGGAGGCACUUCUCCUGGAAUACGACGUGCAAUACCGCCCAUUCCCCAAAACCGUGUUGGACUGUCUACCGAAGGAAGGACACGACUGGAGAGUUCCCCAGAGCCUGGAAGACCCUGGCUGGAGGGACAGGGAGGAUCUUCGCAAGCUUUUGAUUUGCAGUAUCGACCCGAUCGGUUGUCAAGAUAUUGACGAUGCCCUUCACGCCAGGCCGCUGCCCAAUGGGAAUUUUGAGGUGGGCGUCCACAUCGCUGAUGUGUCGCACUUUGUCAAGCCCGGCAAUGCCAUGGACACGGAAGCCAGCCUGAGAGGUACAACCGUCUACCUCGUGGACAAGCGUAUUGACAUGUUGCCCAUGCUUCUUGGCACAGAUCUGUGUUCUCUGAAGCCUUACGUUGAGCGAUUCGCUUUCUCCUGCAUUUGGGAGAUGAAUUCGAAUGCCGAUGUAGUCAGCGUGCGCUUCACCAAGUCAGUUAUUCAGUCUAAGGAAGCCUUCAGUUACGAGGCGGCACAGCUUCGCAUCGACGACGACUCCCAAAAGGAUGACCUGACCAACAGCAUAAGAACACUGCUCGUGCUUUCCAAGAAGCUGAAGCAGAAGCGCAUGGACGCUGGUGCCCUCAGCCUGUCUUCUCCGGAAGUCAAGGUCCAGAUGGAGUCGGAAACUUCUGACCCCAUCGACGUCAAGACGAAGCAGCACCUCGACACCAUGUCUCUGGUCGAAGAGUUCAUGUUGCUCGCCAACGUCAGCGUAGCCACCAAGAUCUACGAAGCCUUCCCACAGACCGCCAUUCUCCGUCGCCACGGCGCUCCCCCGAAGACCAACUUCGACGAGCUAGCGGAUCAGCUGCGCGUCAAGAAAGGCCUCGAGCUCCGUGUCGACUCCAGCAAGGCCCUUGCCGACUCCCUCGACACCUGUGUCGACCCGGCCAACCCCUUCUUCAACACCCUCGUUCGUAUCAUGGCCACCCGCUGCAUGAUGAGCGCCGAGUACUUCUGUUCCGGCACCCAGGCCUACCCCGAAUUCCGUCACUACGGUCUCGCGUCGGAGAUCUACACCCACUUUACAUCCCCUAUCCGUCGUUAUGCCGAUCUCGUCGCCCAUCGUCAGCUCGCGGCAGCCAUCGGCUACGAGGCCAUUCAUCCGGCCGUCCGCAGCCGUGGUCGUCUGGAAGCCGUAUGCAAGAACAUCAAUGUGCGUCACCGUAACGCGCAGCUCGCCGGCCGCGCAAGCAUAGCGUACUACGUGGGCCAGGCCCUCAAGGGCAAGGUCGCCGAAGAGGAGGCGUUCGUCAUGAAGAUUUUCAGCAACGGCUUCGUGGUGCUCGUGCCAAGGUUUGGUAUCGAGGGUCUCAUUCGGUUGCGCGACCUGGCGGAGCCCGAGCCCGAAAGCAUCUUCGACGCCGAGAACUACACUCUUACGACGUCGGGCAGCCGCAAGCUCAAGGUGGACCUGUUCCAGAAGGUCAAGGUCAAGGUCACGGAUGAGAAGGACGAGGCGACGGGCAAGAGAGGUGUCAAGAUGGAGCUGGUCAGCGCGUGA